AUGCACUAUCUCAACCUGUUUUUACGUCGACCAUCAAUGCGGCGAUCAAAAGUUCUAGCACUAGCUUUUCUAAUUGCAGGUGUAAUUUUCAUCUUAGGUAUCCAACACCCACCAAUCAAGGAAUACCUUGCUAAGAAUGUUCCAAUAUCACGUCUCAGACAAUAUUUCAUGAAAUACGAGAGUCCUAAACAAUUAGCCGAAUUCGAUAAAAAAGUGAUUGAUUUUUUGGAAUUGCAAAAGCAAAAAAUUGGUAGAGGUGGAAUAAUUGAUGCUAAAAGUAAAAAGAAAGUUGAAAUGACGCAAAAGGUUUUGAUUGAAACUACAUUUAUCAAUGAUAAAUCGUUUAAUAUGAUUAAUGUUCCGCCAAAAGAAAAAAUACCACAGUUUCAAAAUUAUGACCCGCGAUUUACAUUUGGGUUGUUACUGAAAUACAUCAAUGAUGGAUUCAAAGAGCUGGAGCAAAUCGAGCUGAAAGCUUUAACUAUCCCGAUUUUCCAUUGA